GUCUGAGCGCGCGCAUUGCACCCGGCGGCAUCGGCCAGGACGCAGGGCGCGCGCAGGACGCACCGGCUCCUGUAGACUCCUGUGGACUUCAGACACGAGGAAGAGGAGGAGCGCUCUUCGUCACUCCUCAGCCUCGUUCUUAGUUUAAAUGAUAAAUGUUUUAAUUAGACUCUGAUUGGGUUAAAGAAGCGCCUCGUGCGGGACAGCUGGGGCGCGUGAAGAUGCUCGCGGACAUGAUCAUGGAGGAAGAGUUUGAGAUUAAGGAUGAAGAGCCGUGGUACGACAAACAGGACCUGGAGCAUGAUCUGCACUUGGCCGCGGAGCUCGGGAAAAAUCUCCUCGAGAGGAACAGAGAACUGGAACAAGGACUGGGCCAGAUGUACUCCACCAACCAGGAGCAACUGCAACAGAUAGAGUACCUGUCAAAGCAGGUGGAGAUCCUCAGAGAAGUGAAUGACCAGCACGCCAAAGUGUACGAGCAGCUGGACUCUUCAGCUCGAGAUCUGGAGCAGAACAACCUCAAACUGAGCUCGGACAACCGCACCGCCCAGAACAAGAUACAGGGACUGACAGAGACGGUGGAGGUGCUGCAGACUCAGGUGGAGCUGCUACAGAAGCAGGUGGAGGACUUAAAGAUCGGCUCGAGUCUGAAGACGCUGAGACAAACAGGAGGAAGACAAAGCAUCUCCUGUUUACAAGAGCUGGAGUUUACACGCAGGCUGAGGUCUUGCCCUCUGGAUGAGUCUGACGCUGCGCCCCCUGCUGGUGUGUGUUGGCACGAGGAGCAGAAGGAGGCCCUGACAGAAACUCUGCAGACGCUACAGAGACAGCUGGCCAAUGAGAGGAGCCGCAGGGAGAGGGCGGAGCAUGACGCAGAGAUAUUAGCCAAUGAGAAUGCCACGCUGGAACAGCAACUGGCGACGACGGAGGGAUGGAAGACCCGAAUAAUCGAACUAGAGCAAGAAGCCGACGAACUCCGGCAGCUUUGGAAAUUCCACUCCUCUUCUCGAUCGCCCGUUUUUGACGCCAACUUCCUGGAUGAAGCCCACUCCGAUUCUUCCCACAACUCCCGUCUCCUGAAACGCAGCGGCAGCGAACGCGCCAUCACCAAACCCGCGCACUUCCUCGAAUCUCCCGACGACCACGCCUGCUCCUGCGUCCGACGGCACGACGCGUUCAAGUACCGCGGGAUUUCUCUGCUCAACGAAGUAGACGCCCAGUACAGCGCCCUGCAAGUUAAGUACGAGGAACUUUUAAGUCGCUGUCAAUCAAACACGCUCCAGGAAGAAAUGAUCCAAAGUGAAGCCGGAAUUGACUCCCGGAAUUCCAACAUGGCCGAUUUUGAACAUUUGAAAGACGACAUGCACCAGCCCGAGUACAAGGAGCUGUUCAGGGAGAUUUUUCAACGGAUUCAGAAAACCAAAGAGGACCUGAUUGAGAACAGGGGGCGGGGGAUGAGCGGGGGCGGAGAGUAGUGCCCAUAGCAACGGAUAAUCAAGGUUUAAGCCAGAUGCCCUCCCUACAGUACUUGAAUUCAAAAUGUUGAGUCUUUAUCGAGUAGUUUGGAUUUGCCAGAGCUUGACUACUUUGUUUAAGCAAGUAAUGUAUUAUGUCAGAUGCCCUUCCAUUUGAAAAUACAGGGCUACAUCUGGUUUUAUGUCAGAUGCCCUUCCACUUGAAAACAGGCCUACAUUUCAUCGUCGUCUCGUUCUUUUGGGACGUGAAGUCAUUUAUUUUAAACUGUAUAAAUGUGAAUUCUUAGAUGAAAAACACGAUGAUUUCAGUUGAAUUUGUUUAAAUGUCAGUGACGAUAACAUCUUUUAUUCUGAAGAUGCGUUUGUGGUCAUUUUGCAAAAAGAAAAAAAAAAGUAAAGGAUGAUUGUGGUGCUUAACACAGGGCUCUGCUUUUGAUAAACUGUGAAUAUUUAAAUUUACAAAGAGCAUGAAAUAUGAAGUCUUUUCAAAAUAAAAGUGCCAAAAUAAAAUGACACAGGACAUGUACAUAUUCAUAUUUUUUUUUUUCAGUUGAAACUUUGUUAAAGGUUCGCUGUGGAACAUUUCAGGCUCUUCUCCCUGGUGACAUCAUUGCUUUGCCUGCAUGUUUCCACAGUACGGCAUUAUCUCACGGCAAUGCUGUUGACCCCACUCGCAGAUAGAAUGCACGUUUUUUCACACCUGAUUGAAUAAACGCAAGAUGGACACGUUUAAUGCCGUACUGUGGAACAUUCCAACAUCUCCAUAAAAGGAAGCAGGCAGCGGCAGACCCCCACCGCCAACCUCCCACCAGAAAAGUUACAUAGUGUGCCUUUAAGAGACAUCUAAAACUGCAAAUGAAGAGUAUGAAGCUUUUUUUUGUUGUUAAAUCCUUGUAUCCAUGGUUUAAAAAUCAUGGAAAGUUAGAAGUAUUACCAUAGCGAUUUAGAAAAUGUAUGUGUAGAACGCUGAAAAUGUUGUACUCUUUUUCUUACUUGAAUGUCCCGUGAGCUGAGUCCAGUCUCGCUCCAGAGGUCAGCCUGAUCUAGUACGAUAUAAUCCCGUGUGUCCAGUCGCAGGUUGGAUGUUUGUUUGUCUGACCUCAUAAUUCUCAUGUUUAUGAUUUGAAUGACCUGUGCGUGUUUGUUUAGUAAAAUAUUUUCAGCUGCGUUAGUGAUGCAUUCAAGGACCUCUCUGCUUUGCGUUUAGAUUUCGAUGCAAAACAUGUGGCGUUCAAAUGCACUUUAGACUCGCUCAGAUAAACUUUAUAAUUGUGUCAUGUGAAGCCUGCUCUGAGUGACGCUUUGAGACUGAUACGGUGAAUGUGUUGGACCAUUAAAAAAAACAUGAAACUUG